UAUGAUUUUUUUUUUCUUUGGGACCUUUUUGGGGGACAAGAAAUUCGGCGGCGUCUUGUUCUCUGAUCAACAAUAUCGGAAUUUGCCGAGACAUAUUGAAGGGCAAAUAACUGCAAGCCCCCCAAUUGCACUCGGUCACCUACCCUUUUUUCCGACAGAUUAUCCGAUAGCGAGCGUUAAGGGCCCGACGACUCUCGCGGCCAGCUCCGCAUCUUCAAAAUGCCGCGCAAAGCGAUCGACUCGCGUAUCCCGGCCCUCAUCCGAAAUGGUGUGCAGGAAAAGAAGCGCAGCUUCUUUGUGGUUGUUGGAGACCGGGCGAAAGAUGUGAUCGUUCAUCUUCACUACAUUAUGUCCAGCGUGGAUGUGAAGCAAAACAAGUCCGUCCUGUGGGCUUAUAAGAAGGACUUGCUAGGCUUCACGAGUCACCGGAAAAAGCGCGAGAACAAGAUCAAGAGGGAGGUCAAGCAUGGUAUUCGUGAGCCGAACCAGGAGGAUCCCUUCGAAUUGUUCAUCACCUUGAACCAGAUUCGCUAUGUCUACUACAAGGAAACGGAAAAGAUUCUGGGUAACACCUACGGCAUGUGUAUUCUGCAGGACUUUGAGGCUAUGACCCCCAACUUGCUGGCGCGUACUGUCGAGACCGUCGAGGGUGGUGGUAUGGUUCUACUGCUGCUGAAGAGCAUGAACAGCUUGAAGCAGCUGUACACCCUGUCCAUGGAUAUUCACUCCCGGUACCGCACCGAGGCCCAUGAUGAUGUUGUUGCCCGUUUCAACGAGCGCUUCAUCUUGUCUCUAGGAAGCUGCGAUUCAUGCUUGGUUGUGGACGACGAGUUGAACGUGCUGCCCAUCUCCGGCGGCAAGAAUGUCAAGCCCCUCCCUCCUCCCGAAUCCACAGACGAUUCCAGCUCCGGCACGAAGAAGGAAUUGAAGGAAAUCAAGGACAGUCUGGCAGAGUCGCAACCCGUUGGCCCACUGUUGAGCUUGGCUCGAACUGUUGACCAGGCCAAGGCUCUCCUCACAUUUGUUGACGCAAUUGCUGAGAAGACCCUGAAGAGCACGGUUGCGCUUACAGCUGGUCGUGGACGAGGAAAGUCUGCUGCCCUUGGUGUUGCCAUCGCCGCAGCUAUUGCCCAUGGCUACAGCAACAUCUUUAUUACUUCUCCUAGCCCGGAGAACUUGAAGACUCUGUUCGAGUUUGUCUUCAAGGGCUUUGAUGCUCUGGGCUACCUUGACCACGUUGAUUACACUAUCCUCCAAUCAACCAACCCAGACUUCAACAAGGCUAUCGUGCGCGUCAAUAUCCACCGCAACCACCGUCAAACUAUCCAGUACAUUCAACCCCAGGAUGCGCAUGUCCUGGGCCAGGCAGAGCUGUUGGUCAUCGAUGAGGCGGCCGCCAUUCCAUUGCCUCUGGUGCGCAAGCUGAUGGGUCCUUAUCUUGUGUUCAUGGCCUCCACAAUCAAUGGUUAUGAGGGAACUGGCCGAUCCCUCUCUUUGAAGCUGAUCCAGCAGCUUCGUGAGCAGGCUCGCGGUGGUAUCAAGAAUGCUGAUGCCGACGUUGCCGACCGCAGCACCGGCAAGAUCUCCAAGAACACCGACAAGGGCCUCGGCGGUCGUUCGCUUCGCGAAAUCACCCUCUCUGAGCCCAUCCGUUAUGCUCCCGGUGACUCUGUUGAGAAGUGGUUGAACAAGGUUUUGUGUCUUGAUGCCACUUUGCCGAAGUCCCGUAUGAACACUCAAGGCUGCCCUCACCCAUCGAAGUGCCAGCUGCUCCAGGUCAACCGUGACACGCUCUUCUCUUUCCACCCUGUCUCCGAGAAGUUCUUGCAACAGAUGAUGGCUUUGUACGUCGCCAGCCAUUACAAGAACACGCCUAACGAUCUUCAGCUCAUGAGCGAUGCUCCCGCUCACCAACUCUAUGUGCUCGUUCCGCCAAUUGAUGAAGAGGCCACCAAGCUUCCAGAGCCACUUUGCGUGAUUCAGGUUGCUCUUGAAGGCCGAAUUAGCAGACAGAGCGUCCUCAACAGCCUGAGCCGUGGCCAGCGUGCCGGCGGUGAUCUGAUCCCCUGGCUGGUGUCCCAGCAGUUCCAGGAUGAGGACUUUGCCGGUCUUUCGGGAGCUCGUAUCGUUCGUAUCGCUACGAACCCCGAGUACGUGGGCAUGGGUUACGGUUCCCGUGCCCUGGAGCUCCUUACCGACUUCUACGAGGGCAAGUUCACCAGCCUCGACGAGGGCAUGGCUGGCCCUCAGGAGGAGAUGGUCCGUGUCACGGAUGAGGAGCUCGCCAACUCGAGCCUGCUCGAUGACAAUAUCCAGGUCCGGGAUAUCCGCUCUAUGCCUCCGUUGUUUGGCAAGCUGAGCGAGCGUCGCCCUGAUUCUUUGGACUAUCUCGGUGUCAGUUACGGUCUGACCCCCACUCUGCACAAGUUCUGGAAGCGGUCUUCCUUCAACCCAGUAUACCUGCGCCAGACUCCUAACGAGCUGACUGGCGAACACUCCUGCGUCAUGCUGCGCACUCUGACUACCGGUGCCACCGAUGCCGCGUGGUUGGGCGCCUUCUCUCGCGACUUCCACCGCCGUUUCCUCGCCUUGCUCUCUUAUCAAUUCCGCGAAUUCCCCUCGGUCCUUUCCCUGAGCAUCUGCGAGUCCGCCAACUCUGGCGCUAAGCUGGAUUCCUCUGCCGUUGUGCGCACUCUGAAGAAGGCUGACCUCGAUGCCGCCUUCUCGCCGUUCGACUUGAAGCGUCUGGACAGCUAUGCGAAUAACCUCCUCGACUACCACGUCAUCCUGGAUUUGGUCCCCGCCAUCGCCGAGUACUACUUUGCCAACCGCCUCGGUGGCAAGGUUAACCUCUCCGGCGUUCAGCAGUCGAUUCUCCUGGCUAUUGGUCUGCAGCGUAAGAGCAUGGAUGAUCUGGAGAAGGAGCUGAGCCUUCCUUCUUCCCAGCUUCUUGCCAUGUUCCUUAAGAUCAUGCGUAAGAUUUCGACGCACUUCCGCGGCCUGGUCGAGGGAGCCGUUGCAGAAACCAUGCCUGCAGAGCAGAUUCCCGCCUCCGCUCCCUCGGGCGCCCACGAUGACGCCGUGGUUGAGGACCGUUUCAAGCCUCUGGAAAUGGGUCUGGAGGAUGAGCUCCGUGAGGGCGGCGAGGAGAUUAACCAGGAGAUGCGCGAGAAGCAGCGUGCUCUGAUUGACGCUCUUCCGCUCGACAAAUACGAAAUUGAUCAUGGUGCCGCGUCCUGGGAAGAUGCUGAGAAGCAGAUUCGUGCUGGUGGCGCCGCCACCGUUAGCGUGAAGGCAAAGCAGUCUAAGCGCAAGAAGGGCGAGACUGCCCGGGACAUCUAUGACAAGGAGGUUGACUCCAAGCGUCAAAAGAUGAUCAAGAAGGGUACUGAGGGCCGGAAAAAGUAAACGUUAUUUGGGGAUUACCAGUGUCUUGACGGCGUUCCUCUGCAUUUUCUUCCGGUGUUCUUGCGGCUUUUUUUCACUCACAUGUACUCUUUGAAGAGAGUGGUGUUCCAGUUAUUUCAUGUUGUGCUGGAUAAUCACCUCUUGUAUAUAUCUGAACGACUUGAUUCGUCUUCCAUGCGAGUUUCUAUUACCUCAAGUAGAUAUUGUACUUAAGAGUAGGGUCUGUUCUGACAAGUGACAGAAGAUUAUGUAGGAUGCAUUGAUAACUAACAAGCUAAAGACAUAGGAGGGCACAGACUAGCUGCAAUAUGUGUUAAGUAUCCCGGCUGCGUCAGAUCUCACAGCUCAUCAUGCUCGGGCUCUUCCUCCUCUGGCUUCUCCGCCUUAGGCUCAGCGAUGAUACCCUCAGGCAGCUUCUCCUUAGCGCCUUCUCCAAGGCGGAUGGCAUCAAUCCAUCCCUCAACGGCCGCGAGGCCAAAGUCCCCUGUCUGGCCAUACCGACGGUACCAACCGCGGCGAGCAUUGACGGCAAUGAUCUCCGCGACAUCAUCGCCCUCCAGGCCGAGCGCAGUACGCAGCUUCUGAGAGGCAGAGUUGAUCUCGGGAACACCGUAGAUCGGGAAGAGGUGCAUACCACGCUGGGCAUGCUUGUGUGCAAUCUCAGCCAGGCUGCUAAGUGCAUCGGUGGCUGCUGAUGGGAGCGCGGAGUCCGGCUCACUCGUUGCUGGGAGGAGGGCCAGCACACAGGUGGUGGACUUGGAGCUCAGACAGGCGGACUCGAGGGAUUCGGGGGUAGCGAGAGUAGGAAUGGGUGGAACAAUGGGAACGUGUGCGGCCUUGGCCUGGGGCGUUUCCUCCGCAGCCGUCGAUUUAUCCUCGUCAUCGGGAACAACUGGAACCUUAGGAGCUGCCUUCGCAGGCUUGGAAGGCUUGGACUUCUUCGGCUUGGCCGCGGGUGAGGCAGCCUCUCCGGUAGCGUCGGGGUUAGGCGAUGCAAAUUGCUUGAGGAAGUCGGUGAUAGGCUGCUUCUUCAGCUCGCCUUCAUACACCUUGGGCUCUUCGUUACCGGAGACGACAACCAGUGUCGGGAACUCGGAGACACCAAAUCUCUCCACGGAUGCAGACUCCUUGUCGCGCACCUGAGCGACGUCAAUGGCGCCCAGGAAAUCGAUGGCCAGCGCGCGGAUCAAAGGAGUGGUAGUGCCCUUUUCCGUGAAUAGAAUAGCCUUGGGUCGCUCCUCAUUCUGUCCCAGCCAUUUGUCCAAGUCCUUGUCCGUCGCGCGCUUCACGUGGUUGGGGAUGCGGUCGACCACUGCAUCCACGAUAGCUUUGGCAGUGCGCGCACCCUGGUAGUCCUCCACACGCGGCUUUCCAGGCUUCUUGGACGGCGUCACGAUCUUAAGGGUGGGGAAGCCCUGCACGCCCAUCUGGCCGCAGAAGGGCUUGAUUUCGUCGUCAUCGCAGUUAACGGCGGCGACCUUGGCCAAGCCGUUGAGAUUCUGGGCGGCUUUCUCAUAGGCGGGCUUGAGGUUUUUGCAGUGGCCACACCAGGGUGCAUAGAACCUAGCGAAAGCAGAGGUCAAUUAGCUUGGAGGAAAACUCUUAAGAGUGGAA